UGAUUUUCAUAGCCUUUGCUCCUCCCCAGAAAAAUAUUAAAAGAAAUCAUAAAUGAGAGCACCUGUCCAUCCCGGUGUGGAUCAAAAAAAAUGCCGAACCGCCACAUUUGUUCUCUAUAGACUCGGUUUUAGACUCAUUUUUGUACACGAUUCGUAUUUGGUCUUUAGAAGUUCAAACAUUUCAGUCCCAGACCCUAAAUCAGUCAAUCCGACAUUGUACCAAGAAAUGGCUAGAUCGAUUGAACUGAAUGAUGGUCGAGAAGAAGAGAAUCCUCUCCAGUCCCAAACAACAAGGCACAGAUGCUCUGCCUGCUACAAGCAAUACAAGAAGAAGGAGCAUCUUGUUAAGCACAUGGAAGUAUCGUAUCAUUCACCUCAUCAGCCAAGGUGCGGUGUGUGUCACAAGUGCUGCAAAUCGUUCGAAUCUUUAAGGGAACAUAUCGCUGGACCACUGGCCAAAGCUGAUUGUGCAAAGGUCUUUAGUGCCCAAGGUUGCGAACUUUGUAUGAACAUGUUUGACACUUCCACUGCUCUCAAUUCACACAAAGAGAUUUGCUGCUUACAUCCCGCACCUUCAAUUGACCUUGUCGAAAUACCUUCCGUAGAACUUGAUUCAUAUGAAGUGGAAACUUCAAACUUGGCCGAGGGGUGGCACUGUAGCCGACAUCCUGAAGCUGUUGCUUUAGAUUGUGAAAUGGUUGGUGGAGGAAGUGAUGGGACACUUGAUCUGUGCGCAAGAGUGUGCCUCACAGAUGAAAACGAGAAUGUGGUCUUUCACACAUACGUGGUACCUGAACUUCCUGUGACAGACUAUAGGUAUGAAAUAACUGGUAUAAAAGAGGAGCAUUUGAGAGAUGCAAUGCCUCUCAAGGAAGUGAAGGAGAUCAUUCAGAAGAUCUUGUACAAUGGAGAAUCCCUAUGGAGAUCCCGGUUGGUCGGUGGAAGAGCUAAGCUUCUCGUGGGUCAUGAAAUAGAGCAUGAUUUAAAAUGCUUGAGAAUGGAGUACCCCGAGCACUUGUUUAGGGAUACCGCCCACUACUCCCCCUUGAUGAAAACGAAUUUGUGUAGCCACUCACUCAAAUACCUCACAAAAACAUAUCUAGGGUAUGAGAUUCAAUCAGGGACGCAUGACCCAUAUGAGGAUUGUGUUGCAACAAUGAGACUUUACAAGAGGAUGCGUGCACAGGAUCAUCCAACAACAGAAGACUCUACGCCAUCAAAGUACUCGUCACGUCCAAGUGGCUUCGAUAUCAGGUCAAGUUGGGAACUUCAGAAUAUGUCACCAGAUGCCCUCUUUGAGAUUUCGCGAUCAAAUUAUGCAUGUUGGUGUCUGGACUUAAAGGCAAAUGUACAAAGCUCUAACGGAGAGGCUUGGCCAUAGGGUUUCUGGUUCAUCUGUCCCAGUUGCUGCUGGUCCAUCUGAAGAUCAUAGAUCGCUUUUUGGUGUAAAUAGGGCCGGGGGGAGGUAAGGUUUUUUUCAAUCCAGAUCCUUCAGAAGGGUUGAAAGUCAGAGACUUGUAGAAGUUAAAGACUCUUAUGGUGGGUUACGUAAUCGAAAAGUUCAUGUAUAUGCUACAAAGAAACUUAUGGAUUGUUGGAAACCCUUCGGAAAAAUUCGAGACUCUUUUCAACACUUGAACUAGCAAUUUUGAUGUGAUAAUUGGUGGUUGGAUCCAUCCACUCUUAAGAUAUUCUUGCCCAAAGUAGAGAUAUUGCUUAAUCAGCAGAUAUGGCAUUUUGGGUUAUUGAAGUCUUUGAGAAAUGUUAGGCUUGUCCAGGAAGUACACUGACAUGUUUUCAUGUGUGAACACUUUAUCAGGCUUGAUGGGGUUUGUCCACUAUGCAUUCACUCCUUUUUACGCAAAGCUGCAUAAUGCUCUUCUUUUUUUUA